AUGAUUGGCCAGACCGGAUUUGGGUUGGCAGACACUGCCCUUGUUGUCUUCUCCGAUGGGCGCUACAUUGGUGCCGUUCUCGACCGCAAUGGUCUGCGACCAGCUCGCUACUAUGCCACCACCGAUGGUAUGGUCUACAUGUCCAGUGAGGUUGGCGUGGUCGACUUGCCACAAAUCGUCGGUGUGAAGACCAAGGGUCGACUGAAGCCUGGCCGUCUCCUGAUUGUUGACACCCAGGCUGGCGAUCUGUUGAACGACGAACAGCUGAAGUUGGAGAUCGCCUCUCGCUAUCCCAUCUACGAUUGGGUGAAGGAGGGGGUGAGUCUAGUUGCCUAA